GUAGGAAGCGAGCUGUGUUGUUUGUCAUCUGUUCUGCUUCAGUGAGCUUCGUUUGCCAGCGAUUUCAUCCAGAAGCGGACAGUAUUUUGUUUCUUUGUUUCUUUGUUUGUUUUAAUACGAUUUAAAUGAUCACUUAACAUCCGUACCGAUCCCCUCGACGAUGUCCUUUUUAUAAUUCUUGUCUGAUCUUCAAAGCGUCGCCAUGGCAUCUUCAAAUUACAAAUGCAUCCAAGACAGCGCCACAGAGAAAGACCGGCUGUUCUCAUCUGUGACCAGCUACGGGUCCCAGGACCUUCUUGGAGGUGGAAACCCCCGUCCCACUGGCCUGGUGGGCUCUGAGCUCCGCCAGCAGCAGGAGGAAGAGGAGGAGGCCCUGAGGAGGAAGCUCAAGUACUUCUUCAUGAGCCCUUGUGACAAGUACCAUGCCAAGGGCCGCAAGCCUUUCAAACUUGGCCUGCAGCUGCUCAAAAUCAUCAUUGUAACAGUGCAGCUGGUGCUGUUUGGCCUUAGCAACCAGAUGGUUGUAACAUUCAAAGAGGAAAACACAGCGUCAUUCAAACACCUUUUCCUGAAGGAUUACCAGGACGACACUCCACAGGCCAUCCACACCCAGAGCGAACUCUACAGCCACAUCUAUUAUGCCGUAGAGCAGUACUUGGCUCUUCCGCAGACCUCGCUGGGACGGUACGCGUAUGUUUUGGGGGUCGGGGUGAACGGAAGCGCUCUCUCCCUCUGCCAGAGGUACUACUGGAAGGGCAGCAUCGAUCCUGUCAACGACACUUUUGACAUUGAUCCCCGUGUUGUCACCGAUUGCAUUGGAUUGGACCCGCUGCCCUAUGGUUCCUCUUCAGAAAACACUGACUAUAAGAACUUCACUCUCAAGUUUCACAAGUUGAUCAAUGUAACCAUUGAUUUCCAGCUGAAGGCUAUCAACAUCCAGACCAUCAUAAACAAUGAGAUCCCUGACUGCUACACCUUCGCAAUCACGAUCGUCAUGGAUAACAAGGCCCACAGCGGCAGAGUUAAAAUCAGUCUGCAGAACCAGGCCUCUAUAAAGGAGUGUAAAGACCCCAACGUGUCUGGACAUGCGGAGAGCUAUGCACGGGAGUUCUUUGAUGUGCUGGUGGCAUUUGUCUGUCUGCUUUCCCUGCUGCUGUGUGGGCGCUCCAUCCUCAGAGGUGUGCUCCUGCAACAUGAGUAUGUGCAGUUCUUCAAACACAGGCUUGGCCGGCGUGUGAGCUGGGGCGACCGGAUGGAGUUCAUCAAUGGUUGGUACAUCCUGCUCAUCAUCAGCGACAUGUUCACCAUCGUCGGCAGCUUCAUUAAGAUUGGCAUCGAGUCCAAGAAUUUGUCAUCAUAUGAUGUGUGUGGCAUCCUGCUGGGAACUUCCACUCUGCUGGUGUGGGUGGGAGUCAUUCGCUACCUCAGCUUCUUCCAGAAAUACAAUAUCCUGAUUGUAACUCUAAGAGCUGCCUUUCCCAAUGUUAUUCGCUUCUGCUGUUGUGCAGCGGCCAUUUAUAUGGGUUACUGCUUCUGUGGAUGGAUUGUACUAGGGCCCUAUCAUACCAAGUUUCGUUCCCUGUCCACGGUGUCCGAGUGCCUGUUCUCCCUCAUCAAUGGGGACGACAUGUUUGUAACAUUCGCUGAGAUGGAGCAGAGCGGCACACUGGUGUGGGUCUUCAGCCAGGUCUACCUGUACACCUUCAUCUCCCUCUUCAUCUACAUGGUGCUGUCCCUCUUCAUCGCACUCAUCACAGGAGCCUACGACACCAUCAUGGCCCAAACACAGGAGCAGAUCCGAGUCACAGACCUGCACGCCUUCAUCGCAGAGUGCACCGACACGCCCAGCUCGGGGAAGUUUCGCGGCCCAGAGGGCUCGUCCUGCUCCUUCUUCUGUUGUUGUGACUGAUGCCCAAGUGAGACGAUAAUGCCUUGAGGAUGAACUGACUGACCUUGGACCUCACUGUCCACCGUUGCCAAGGUUACAAGUUUGCAUUUUAAUUUGUGCUGCAAUGGUAGAACAUACUGUACAGCCACAAGCCCCAUUACCUGCUUCAGCUUUUGUACUGUAUGAAUAAUUUAUUGUCUUCAUCUGAAAUGCCGGUUUGUUAGGGUUUUUGAUGACUAGGCUCAUAAUGCUUGUACACAAUCUGCUAAACACUUUUCAUUGUGUUUGUGUACUGGGUGUAAAGUCCACUAACUCUUGUAAAUGGAUUAGAAUUUGCACUUGAAUGGUCCACUAUGUACAGGAUUUUAUUAUUGGUAUUGUUUUUUAUUAUUUCUUUCUAUAUUGGGCAUUAGGAUUGGGUCCACAUGACUACCUAGGUGAGUUUUGUACCUCUUGAUACAUCCUCUGAGUCUCCAUCCCAGCGGUAGAAUAGACAUACAGCAAGCCAGACGGACCGACUGAAAUGGAGUGAUCAUUAAGUGCUGUAUAUAUGCAUUAGCUUCUGCAGCAUUUUCAAGGGAGGCAGUUCCUCCAUUUCCAUCUCAUUUUUCACUCCUCAUCCCUUUGUUCGUACUCUCCUUUGGGUGGAAGGAGAUGAUGACUGUAUAUAAGGAAGGACGAGCCUUGCAGCCAACCAGUUAGUCAUCAAUAUGUAUGAACCGCCUCUGCUGUAAAGAGCCAGGUGACCCUGCACACUAAUGCACCGCGAGACAGAGCCUUUUUGCUCUGGGUUUUUAAGUGCACCGUACAAGGUCGCAAAAUGAUGCUAUGGAAAAUUAGAAUUCCAACAAUGUCAGUAACUGUGUUUACGCAGGUAUGUCAUGAAUAAUUUUUGCCAGCCGCGCUGUGUGCCAGGCUAAAUCGGCAGCUGUGGCGCUUGUGCUCGUGUUUUAUAGAAUGUGUCAGACAUUGACACUGUCAGUACGGUGACAUUGAAGCCAUGUGUGAAAGGGUAACCGCUCAUUUAUUUUAUCUGUGACUGACGGAGAGCGUCUCUGCAAAAACCAGCAUAUGAUCCAGUUCUUUAUCUGCUGUCUUUUAAGGGACUGAAUGGGCAUUUGUUAUCACUUUUAAUAGAGAAACCUGUUUGCAGUGGUAAUGUCAUUCCAGUGUGGAGCUAGAGAGGGCAUGAAGGUCACAGUUUCAAACAAAAGGGAUUUUCACUCGUCACUUUUAGCGGUACUAAAGGGAACAAACAGAAAUUAAAUGUUUCCCUGUCAUGCACUGUUAUUUUAUUGUGUUUUUGUUUGUUUGUUUGUUUUGUUUUAUUUUUUGUAACAUAUUUUGUUUUCCCAUGACUUGAUUACUUGAAUGGACUAAUAUUGUUUGGAAACUUGACCGAACAAAUAUGCGGUUUUUAAUGAAUGUUUACUUACACAUAACACGCACUUAAUGAAGACUAAUAUGAGGAACACACAGCUGCAAGUGAUGUAAAAUGUCUCACAUGGGAGCCAUAGAGCACAAUGGAGCAGAGCCGUGUACAUAGCAUAAUGCAUCUGUUAGUGUUCUCCUGACACUCCCGGGAAAGGUUAUUUAAUGCUCAUUUGAUUUGGUUGCCUUGUCAAUUAUUUUAUUACGAUGUUUUGUCACUUGUUUUACCUCAGCCAGCGAAGCUGUUAGGAAGUCUCUUCGUUUUUAUUUCUGAAGCACUUGGAACAGCUUUUUACCCGUAUGUGUAUCAGAUGUUUUCUGUGGAGAUGUUGCCUUCUGAAUGCAAGUCCAUCUCAGCAAAAUAAACUGGAAAGACAUUCAAA